AUGUCCUCUCAGACUUCAACUCCCGCCAAAACCUUCCAAGGCUGGGUCGCCCAUGAUGCUACCAACCCCCUCACCUUUACAACCUUCGAGCCGAAGCCCUUCACUGACAUCGACGUCGAGAUCCGCGUAACCCACUGUGGCAUCUGCGGCACCGACAUUCAUACCCUACGCUCGGGUUGGGGCCCAGCCGACUACCCCUGCGUCGUGGGCCACGAAAUCAUCGGGAUCGUGGAGCGCAUUGGCACCGCCGUGCCGACGCUUGCCUCGUCGCCCGCCUCCCGCGCCAUCCACCCUGGCGACCGCGUCGGCAUCGGCGCGCAGAGCAUGGCCUGUCUGCGCGCAGACUGCGAGGCCUGCGCAGACGGGGAGGAGAGCUACUGCACGCGCAUGACGGGCACAUAUAACGGGCGAUACGCGGACAAGAGCAAAUCGUACGGCGGAUUUGCGACGCGGUGGCGCGGGCCGGCGCACUUCGUGUUCCGCAUACCCGACACGCUGCCAUCAGCGGAGGCAGCGCCGCUGCUAUGCGGCGGAGUGACGGUGUUCGCGCCGCUACGGAAGCAUGGUGCCGGCCCCGGGAAGACGGUGGGCGUGGUGGGGAUUGGCGGGCUGGGCCAUCUGGGGAUUCUGUUUGCGCGGGCACUGGGUGCAGACCGGGUGGUGGCAAUCUCGCGGUCAUCGAACAAGCGGACAGAUGCGGUGCAGGGGUUGGGCGCGGAUGCGUUCAUUGCGACAGGCGAGGAGAAGGGCUGGGCGAAGACGCAUUCACGGUCAUUGGAUAUUAUCUUGUCGACGGUGUCGGCGCCGGAUAUGCCACUGAGCCAGUAUCUCCGGCUGUUGAAGCGGGAUGGGACCUUUAUUCAGGUUGGAGCGCCGGAGGAGCCGCUGCCGCCGUUGGCGGCGUGGUCAUUGAUUCAGAAGAGUGUCAAGGUUACUGGAUCGAAUAUUGGGUCGCCUGAAGAUAUUCGGCAGAUGCUGCAGCUGGCUGCCGAUAAGCGAGUAUUGCCGUGGAUUCAGAAGAGGCCGAUGGAGGAAGUAAAUGCGGCAUUGAAAGACAUGCAUGAUGGGAAGGCGAGAUAUCGGUAUGUAUUGCAGAAUGGGGAGACCCAGGCUAAACUGUAG